GCGUAAUUAUUAAAUUUAUGUCUUCUAUAAAGUAAUAUUGUGUAUCACAUAACUUUUCAAGCACUGAUAGAAUUGUAACUUUAAGUUUAAUGAUAUUAGUUAUAUAUUUUAUUUAAAAUAAAUAAUAUAUUAAAACGCGGUGAAGAAGUUUAUUAUUAAAGAUGAGCGAAAAUGCACUGCUUACUGAUGUGCCAGAGAGCAACGGUGGAUCAGAACAACCAACUUACAACGGAGAGACUGAGGAACAUACACACAAAUCACCUGAAAGUGGAGAAGACAAAACACCUGACUCUAUAUGUGAUAACGGAGUUAAAAAAAAUAAUAGUUCUGUAAUUGGAAGUAACACUACUAAUACAACUAAUAGAGCUAAGAAAAGAAAGAAAGCUCCAAGAGAUGCUACAGCUCCCAAACAACCUUUAACUGGUUAUUUCAGGUUUUUAAAUGAUCGGAGAGAAAAAGUAAGGAGCGAAAACCCUACUCUGUCAUUUGCUGAAAUUACAAAGCUCCUUGCCUCAGAAUGGAGCACACUCCCUGCUGAUCAAAAACAACAAUAUUUAGAUGCAGCAGAACAAGAUAAAGAACGUUAUAAUCGUGAAUUUAGUGAUUAUAAACAGACAGAAGCAUAUCGAUUAUUUAGUGAAAAACAAUCUUCGGAAAAACAACAAGAGAGCAAAAAAGAGAGGAAUGGAACUGAUAUAAAUUCUGAACAAAAUGAUAUUCAACAAGAUAAAGAUAACGAUUUCACAGGUUUUGAUAUACCUAUUUUUACAGAGGAAUUUUUGGAUCAUAAUAAAGCCUGUGAAGCUGAAUUGAGACAAUUGAGAAAAGCUACAUCAGAUUAUGAAGCUCAAAAUGCAGUGCUUCAACGACAUGUAGACAGUUUAUAUGCAGCUGUAAAUCGUUUAGAAUCUGAAACAAAUCAGCAACAUACAACUAAUCAAGCUUUACAGCGUCAUUUGGAUUCUCUUCGUUCACAAUUAGCUAAUUGUUUUGCUACAGUACCUUUGCCAGGCACAAAUGAAGGUGCAACAUUACAGAAUAUUGAUAAUUACGUUGAAAGACUUGAAUCAUUACUAAAUGGAAAUGUCGAACAAUCUCUACGAAAUGCUGUACGUAAUGCCGUAUCCCGCCUUGAAUUAAUUGGAUGACGAUCACCUCCUGGUAGUACAACUACUACAAUAAAACAUCAUCGUUCAAGACACUCACAUCGAAAAUAAAAAAAAGUGACUGUGCUCUUUUUUACAUACUUUGUUACGUUUACAUACUUUGGACGUUUUACGUCCUUUUUUUAAUUACGAUAUAUUCUACAGCUUAAUAGGUUAAUAAUUAUAUUAUAGCUUUAUGUAAUAUUAACUUUUUUCCAAUGUAUAAUUUUAGAAUUACGCUUUAUUUUUUGAAAAAUAAUUGAAAUAUAAUUUGUAAGAUAUAAUUACAUGAAAUUAUGUAUACAGAUAUAAUUAUCCGUUUGUGUAAUUUACAUGUAUCUAAUCAAUUCAUAGCAUAAUAUCAAAGUAUCAGUAUGAUACUAUCAGAUAUUUAUUAAUAAAUUUUUUAAGCUUAUUA